ACUUUUUUUUGGGGGCAGCCCACCGUACGCUAUCGCAUUGCUGCACGCUGCCCAGCGAUACGUGUUGCAACGAAGCCAUGCGGCGGAUACUCCUCCUCGCAGCCCUCGCGGCGGCCGACGACCACAUCCACGCCAGCCACGCGGACAUCGAAUUGGCACGGGACUUUCGCGUCGAUAAACACCACAAGAUCAUCGUUUCCAACAUUGGGGACGAGGAUUUGGCCUUCUACUACUUGGGCAACGAGGGCAACCAGGGCAUGGAGCAUCCAGAACCGACGUGGGACAUGUCCGAGACGCUCUGUGCGGUACUCGGGCCGGACGAGGAAGCGGGCCGGUUCGUGCGGUUCCGCGAUUCGUUCGUGGUCCGGAGCGCGGACAUGAAGUGGCGCGUGCGGUUUCACAUCAUUCCGAGUCGGUUCAUCGAGCAGCCCUAUGGGAUCACGUUUUCGAACCCGAUGCUCGAAAGUAAUUCAGUCAUUGAAUUGAAGCACCACGACGACGCGCCGGUCGUGCCCUUCGGCCCGGGCGGUCAAUCGAGCCGGGCGAUCCCGCACGGCCAUCGCUUGGAGCUGCGGGAUGAUAGUGGAAGGCCUCGCGUGGCCGUCGAAGUUCAUUUACCUGAUGAAGAUGAGUAA